UCUGCAGGCACGCUCUAGAGCUGUGUGCGCGCUCGUGGCUUUCUGUGCUGUGCUCAUGUUCCGGUGAAAUUCUAUCGGCUCCGUCCGGUCCGCAAGACAAGAGGAAUAAGAAGGCAGCUCCGGAGUAGCAGCCUAAAAUGUCAAAUGUGCGACUGCAGUAGAAUAAAUGGCUUCAAAAGUAACGGAUGCUAUAGUUUGGUACCAGAAAAAGAUUGGAGCGUAUGACCAGCAAAUAUGGGAAAAAUCUGUGGAGCAAAGAGAAAUCAAGUUCAUUAGACUGGGUUUAAGAAACAAACCAAAGAAAACAGGACAUGUCAAACCAGAUCUCAUUGACGUGGACCUUGUCAGAGGGUCUGCUUUCGCAAAGGCGAAGCCCGAAAGUCCUUGGACAUCACUAACAAGGAAAGGAAUAGUCCGUGUUGUGUUCUUUCCUUUUUUCUAUAGAUGGUGGCUUCAGGUCACUUCAAAGGUCAUAUUCUUUUGGUUGCUACUUUUAUACCUCCUACAAGUUGCCGCAAUAGUAUUGUUUUACAUUUCACCUGGGCCUCACUGUGUACCACUGACUGAAGUAAUUGGUCCAAUAUGGCUGAUGCUGAUGCUUGGAACAGUACAUUGCCAGAUUGUUUCAACACGAACGGUUAAGUCACCAGCUAUCCUCGGGGGGAAAAGAAGAAGGAAAUUAAGGAAAGCAGCACAUUUGGAAGUACAUAGGGAAGGCGAUGGCUCUAGUACUACAGAUAAUACACAAGAGGGAACAUUGCAGAACUACGGUACAAGCACCUCUCACAGUAUUGGCGCAGUCUUCAGAGAUAUCUGGCAUGCCGCUUUCUUUUUAUCAGGUUCAAAGAAAGCAAAAAAUUCUAUCGACAAAUCAACAGAAACUGACAAUGGUUACGUCUCACUAGAAGGGAAACUGACAGGUAAAAGCAGUGAAGAUGGGGUUCAAGUACAUGAGCAUCCCUGUGAAAUACUUCAUUCAGAAGAGGUGUCAUGGGGGAAAGUAAGAAGCCGCCAUAAUCACAGUCAAACAAAGCCGAAGUACAGUAAACCAAAAAUGGACACCCUGAGGGCUGCUGUUAAUGUCUCAGAUGAAGUCUCCAGUGAGGAUGAUCCAAGUAUUGGAUACACAGCAACGCGUAAUCUGGAGCGUCACGGAGACAGUAUUCUCAGAAAUAGAAAGUCACAUCAUUACAAGAAGCAAUAUACCACAGAGGAUGUUCCAAAAUCGGGCACCAGCUGCAGUUCUCGUUGUUCCAGCUCCAGACAGGAUUCUGAAAGCACCAGGCCAGAAUCUGAAACGGAGGAUGUGCUAUGGGAGGAUCUUCUGCACUGUGCAGAAUGCCGCUCUUCCUGCAGCAGUGAGACGGACGCAGAUGCUAAUCAUGCCAGCCUCUGUGUGAAAAAAGAGUACAGAGAUGACCCCUUCCAUCAGAGUCACGUACCCUGGCUUCAUAGUCCCAAUCCAGGACUAGAAAAAGUCAGUGCUAUCGUAUGGGAAGGAAAUGACUGCAAGAAAGCAGAUAUGUCGGUUCUGGAAAUCAGUGGAAUGAUUAUGAACAGAGUGAAUUGUUACACCCCAGGAAUUGGCUACCAAUUAUUUGGAAAUAUCGUUUCUCUGGUCUUGGGUUUAACACCAUUUGCCUUCAGGUUAUCUGAGUCAAGGGACUUGGAGCAACUAGCAAACCUCUCUGCUGCAGAGCUUUCUAGCAUUGCUUUUGGAUCCAGCACAGAAAUCAUGGUCAUUUCAAUGGUGCUAAUUAGUUUUGUUGUCCGUGUGUCCCUUAUCUGGAUUUUCUUUUUCUUGCUCUGCGUAGCGGAGAGGACCUACAAACAGAGAUUAUUAUUUGCCAAAUUAUUUGGACAUUUGACAUCUGCUAGAAGGGCCAGAAAAUCGGAAGUACCACAUUUCCGCCUAAAGAAGGUUCAGAAUAUUAAAAUGUGGCUGUCUCUUCGAUCGUAUUUGAAGAGAAGAGGACCCCAGCGUUCAGUAGAUGUAAUUGUUUCAUCUGCCUUUUUACUGACAAUAUCAGUAGUUUUUAUCUGCUGUGCUCAGCUGCUUCAUGUACACGAGACCUUCCUUGAUUGUCACUACAACUGGGAGCUUUUAAUUUGGUGCAUUUCAUUAACACUUUUUUUGUUAAGAUUUGUUACACUUGGAUCUGAAACCAGCAAAAAAUAUAGCAAUACCUCUAUAUUACUGACUGAACAGAUAAAUUUAUACUUGAAAAUGGAGAAGAAACCAAACAAGAAGGAAGAACUAACACUUGUUAACAAUGUGUUAAAAUUAGCUACAAAAUUACUAAAGGAAUUGGACAAUCCGUUCAGAUUGUAUGGACUCACAAUGAAUCCUCUGCUUUACAAUAUCACACAAGUGGUCAUCCUGUCUGCUGUGUCUGGAGUCAUUAGUGAUCUUUUGGGAUUUAAUCUAAAGUUAUGGAAGAUCAAAUCAUGACACAAUUACCGACUUUCUGACAUAAAAUAUAUGCUGCCUCAAAGCGGUCCCGCUUGUGUUCAGAAGCUAUGGCCCAUGGCAAGACAUGGAUUUCAAAACUGAAGUGUUUACAUCUGAUUGACUUGUGCAAUUUUAUUUAUUUUACCUUUCAGUGUUUUUUUUUUCUUUUCCUUUAAGCAUCAUGUUCCUUUUUUUUAUUUCUAACCAAUGAAAUGUGCGUGAAUUGCGUGACAGGUAUACAUUAUAAAUAGGUAAUUAUAGAGGAAUUAAGCCUCCAAUUUACAGAGUUCCUUAUAUUGCCUUAUAAUGUCAACAAACUGCAAAUUCAAAACUGCACAUAUUGUAAAUUGGUCUCUUUUAUUUUAGUAACUUUUUUUUUUUUUUCUUCACAAUUUGCUGCUGUUGGUUUAGGUUUUUUCGAUACCUGACCAGAUUUAGCAGCAAGGGUACAGUUCAAUUUUAUUUUGUUAUGAAGCAGCCUGAAAUAUUAUGCAGAGCAAGAAAUAUCAGCGUUUCAGGUUUGUGUGUUGUGUGUUUGCUUAUAGAGAGACAGAGCACUUCAAAUUUUCAGCUAAAGCUGUCCUUAAUAAAGAAAGCUGAAAUAUGUAAGUCAGUUCUUCUAACAGAAAAUUAUUUACCUUCAUUUUAUCAAAGCCUUUUGUAGUUAUGGCCGGAUAAAAUUAGGUACUGUCUGAAACUGGUAGGGUAAAAAACUAAAGCUAAAAUAUAUUCACAGUUCAAGACUAAUGUGGUAUUAUGUACAUAGGUUAUUAAGUGCUCUUUGAUAAACAGGUUUUUUUAGCAAUAAUAGUACAAGGUUACUGUACUGUAAGGAUGUUUUUGAUAAAAUGUAAUAAUUGUAUUUAUUGAACACUUUGCUUGCAGUUUUGUCCUGUAAGCAUCCAAUGAGCACCUUUUUUAAUGUUACAUUUUAAAUGUAGUGUUUUGCCUUUUUCAUUAUUGCAUUGUGUGAAAGAUUGUGUUCAUUCUCCCUUUGUGAAUUCACCUUUAGGUGCCCUGACACUCCGGUCUUCACUGUUACGUGUGCAUACAUAUCAUGAAGAAAAGGGGCAUUGCUUCCAGAGAUUGUAUUUAAAAAUAUCAAAGAUAUUAAGUAAUAAAAAGUGUACAUAGAAAUAGGUUUUACUUUGCCUGCUACUCUUGGCCAGGUUUUUUUGUGGUUUAAACACUGUGAAUGUUUAUCAAUGGAUCCAUCACAGAGAAAUUAUGAAGACAUGAACUGAUAUCAGCAAUAAUUUGUAAAAGGCCAAAGGGAAUUGUUGGGGCGCAGGUGUAGCUAUACACCGGUAUAUUUAGAAGCUUGUGCUGAUUUAUUGCACGCUCUUUUUUUGGGGGGGGGGGCAGAAAUUCGUCCUAAAUGGGGGGGGGGUUUCUUUAGGGGAAAGUCCUUUGCGUUUUCUCUAGUUUGAUACAUUAAAGGGUUUUAGAAAUUAAGCAAUAAAUGUAAAAAAAUGAAAAUGCAUUAUUUUUGAGAAAGAGAAAAUAUUUAGCAUGGUGUGGUUUUGAAAAAUUAGAGUAAACUUAGCUAAGACUGAUGAACUGGCCCCUCAAGUUAAGCUGUUUGUGUGUGUGUGUGUAAAAGCAUUGGCUCCUUGCAGCCAAUCACACACUGUAUCUGCUGAAGCAUGCUGCCUCUGAUAGAUAGAUAGAUAGAUAGAUAGAUAGAUAGAUAUAUAUAUAUAUAUGUGUGUGUGUGUUUAUGUAUAUUAUGUAUAGUUCUGAUCCCUACAGCCAAUCAGAGGCAGCAUGCCUCAGCAGAUACAGUGUGUGAUUGGCUGCUAUGGAAUAAAAAGCUGCUUGUGGUAAUGUCAGUAUGAAGUCAUAGUUAAAGGGAUAUGAAACCCAAUUUUUUUCUCUCUCAUGAUUCAGAUAGAUUAACAACUUUCUAAUUUACUUCUAUUAUCUAAUUUGAUUCAUUCUCUUGGUAUUAUUUGUUGAAGAAGCAGCAAUGUACUAAUGGUUUCUAACUGAACUCAUGGGUGAGCCAAUCACAAUCGAUAUAUAUAUAUUGAGCCACCAAUCAACACUAUAAUCUAGGUUCUCUGCUGCUCCUGAGCUUGCUUAGAUAAACCUUUCAGCAAAGGAUAACAAGAAAAGGAAGCAAAUUAAAUAAUAGAAGAUACAUAUUUAUAUUACAAAAACUACACUUUAAAUGCUUUCUUUCUGCUUAACUGCAAUGGGAGUAAUGAAUUAAGGGGACUCAAAAACACAACAUGCGUAAAAAAAUUUAAAUGAUCACGGGACUGUACAGCCCCAGUAUAUUAUUGCAAGACCCUUUUUAAAAAAAAAACUUGAUUCACAUGAAAAUGAUGUGCCUUUAAGCUACUGCUGUUUAAAAAGCCAACUCUCACAGUUAUACUGGUGGAAGGUCACAAGCCUCACAAGUAUUAUAAUUCCUCUUGUGUUGAUGUAUGUCAGUUUGGUAGUGCUUUGUCAUCAACCCCAUCAACUAACAAACUGAUAGCGGGCUGUCAGCUAUGAUUGGGGAACAAUGUAGCCUACAGUUAUUAAUCCCCAGAUCAGCUAGUUCAUUUGUACCCCUAAAGUGUCGGUUCCUUUGUAUACGUGCGAAGAUAACGGGCCGGUGAGGAACAACUGAAUAGGCAGACAAAUAAUGCAAUACCUUUACAAAAUAGUGUCUUUAAACAUUGACACUAUAAUGGACCAUUAUUUAACAUUUAUAUUUAAUACAAUUUCUGAUUGUAGUAUCCCUUCAAGUUAUUACAAUAAGUUACAGAACGCAAACUUUCAUUGUAAAAAAUGUUUUUGUUGUGCUGAUGUUAUUGAUGUGUUGACUGUUAACAAUUAUUUUAUUAAAUUCACAGUUCUGUUCUUCUUUGCUCCAGUGCAGAAACUUUUGUUAGUAUUAAGUAUUUUUUCUCCUUUGUAAAAUUUACUCCCAUGUUCAGCAAUUCAGAAAAUAUCUAAAUAUCAAUGAUUUUUACUACUGUGUAUGGUAAAUCCAUAGUUUUAUUUUAUGGGUGCCAAAAAGCUAUAGUAUAUUAUUAAAUUAUCCCAUAUUUGCAAAUUGUUUGUGUUAACAAUUCACUUUAAAUAUCUGUUUUUUGCUUAUGUUUUAUUUUCAAACCCCUUUUUUUCUUUCUUUUAGGUUUUAUGUAGACAUUUUGCCUUGUGUUUAACUAGUCUGUUUGCCUUUAGUCACUUUUAAUGAUUAUUUUAUACAUAUCUAACAACGUAUUCUAAUUUUGCUGAUAUUCUAUAGUAUUACUAGUAUUUUACAAUUUAAAAACCUUCAUUAAUUCCUUGAUAGCCUCUUUAAAGUAUUCUAAAUAAACAUUAUUAUUAAUAAAAACAAACGGAUAUUAAAAUAAUCCAGGCAUUUGAUAAGCAAUGCCACUUCAUUUUUUUAGGUGUCAUGGAAUGAUCUUUUAUAAAUAUAUAUAAACAGAAUUUUUUUUAAAAAAGCAAUAGCAAUAAAGAAGCCUUAUUGAGGUUUGAUAAUAAAAUUGAUGACGUGAAUUUGGCAUUCAUUUUUAUAAAUGAUCAAUUAUUUAUGAAACUAAUGCUGAAUGCACAUCUCUAGUUCUUUGUAUUAAAUAAAAAUAAUUUCCAAUUAUGUUAAACACCACACAUGUUCCUUUUUUUUAAAUUUAUCCUGUUAAAUUAAAAAAAAAAAAAAAAAAAAGCAGAAUUUUGUUUGUUUAGCAUCUUAUCUAGAGUUUUCGUUGUUCUCUGAAUCUCUUAAUUUUGGAAAUUUGUUAUCUCUGAAUUUGAGUUUAAAUAAUAUGUUCUAAUUUUUAAAGAGGCGCAACAAUUACCAAGAUUAAAGCAGAAAAUAAGAGUUAUUUUAUUUAGUGAAACUAUUCUAAAAAUACUUCCUAAAAAUCCCCUAGUACAGCCUGGUUAAUUUUAGCCACAAAAAAACCCUUAGUAACCUAAAUGAACAUAAAGUUAUUCAGCAAUACAUUCUGCACAUGUUUCUUGUGUUUCUCUUGUGAAAUCCUAUUAUAGGAAAGCUGUCAUUUUAGGCAAUAAUGUUGUAUUUGAUAUAAUCAUAGUUUUUCAUUCUUAGUAAAAGUCUUAAUUACGGUAACUUAAUGUUUAAGUACCUAGUUUCCGAGGUCCUCCCAUUUGCUAUCAAUGACAGAUCCAAUUUUUUACAAUUAUCUUAUACUAGAAGUGUUUCUUCGGCAUGUGCAUUCGUGUACUUUGUUAGCAAUCGAAUGCUGAAAAUAACCGUUACCCAUGAAAUUAGUCUCUUUUCAGAGCCGGCUUUCUCUUUGUGAAAGUGCAACACACAAAAAUUUGUGCAAAUCCAGAUAUUUUUGUGUUGCGGUAAUCCGGUUCCAAAAAGCCAAGUCCAUUGGGGGCAGCCAUUUUCGGCAUUAUUUUGCUAACAAAUGCACAUGCCUAGUGUUUCUCAAUUACAGUCCCUAUGACCCCAAACAGGCCAUAUUUUGAUGUUAUCUGAACUAGAGCACAGAUUAUCACAGGUAAUAAGCUGAUCAGUAACCAUGGCAUUGGCUACUAACCUGCUCUCACCUAUCUGCUUAAUAUUAUACUUGUGCUCUAGUUCAGAUAUGAUGAAAACCUGGCACUGUUAGUGUUAGGAAUGGAACUGAGAAACACUGGACUAGAAUAUUUUAGGCAAACACAAUUACAAAGCAAUCGAUUAUAUCACCUGGGCUGAAAAUGUAACAUUUUAGUUUGCCUUGAAGAAUAAAUUGGGGACCCGGGUUUAGAACCUUUACAUUAGUUAACACUUCAAAAUGACAUAAGCAAGGCAUAGUGAUGGUCUGAGACCUUUAAGAAUAUUUAAGAUACGAGCAGAACAAGUAAAAUAAGUAUAGGCCAAAAAAGCAAACCUUUCACAUUUAUAGAAAAAAAACCAAUAAUGAUAAUGUAAAAUAUUGCCUGUUACACUGAUGUGUGUGUUUAAUUAAAGCAAUUGAAACACAUAAUUUGUUAAUACAUUAGUUAGUAAACUUAUAUUGUGGUAUGUAAUAAGUAAAUGUAUACUAUUGCCAACUGUAGUGAGUGUCUUUAAAAUCUGCUUUUGAGUUCCUUAACCGCAAGCGUGUUUCAUUUUACCAGACACUGUCAAUGGCCAUGGUGCAAAAUUAAGGGACAUUAAACUAAAACAUUGUCUAUCAUACAUGUAAAAGAGCAUUUGAACAUAAAAAUGCCCACUUUACACUCAACAAAUAAAAAAAAAAGACAAAUGUCCCUUUAAGUGGAGUACCUCUGAAUUAAUGCGUGUAUGCUUAUAGUAAUUGUCCUUUAUCUUUUUUUUCCCCUCACCCACCCUCUGGUCAUCAUUUUUGCACAUACCCACACAUAUACAUCCGUUUACACACAACAAACGCUGUUACUUUGUUCAAUUAUGUUAGUGACCAAAAACCAUUUUCAAAAAAGAAUGUACAAUUUUAUUGUGUGUAAUGUAAUUGUGGAGACAAGUCAGGCUGUUUCUUCAUUUCAUUCAUGUGUCUAGUGUUAUAUUUUUGAGUACUGAAAAUAUUUUAUAGCCAUUUUACAAACUAUGGGUACAAGCCUUCACAGAAACUACAUUUUGCACAAAAUAUAUAUUUUGAGGAAAAUGUUUUAAUACCACCACAAUUUGAUGAAUAUGCUGUAAUUAUUUUAGUUAAUUGGAAAUAAAAGUAUUUCACUAUGAAUUUGUUCUUAUUUCUGAUUGUUAAAUAUUGAUUAUAUUUGUUUACCGUUGUGGCACUAUUGAAUUAAACUUUGACAGAUUACUCCCAUGCAGAUUUGAAAGAGUUAAAGCUUGAAAAUCUUUCAAAUGUUUUUCUUUUCUUGUUCAUUUAUCUGUAUCUGAGGGGCUUUUACUGACAUAAUUUAAUUGAUAACCGUAGACGAAAAAAAACUUUCAUAAGAUGAUUUUUUUUUCCCCAACCGAAUGUAAAUUGCUGCCAAAAAGUGUUUGUGUAAAUAAAGAUUUGAGUGAUGCGUUGUAAAGCAAAGCAAACAAUAUGUGGUUGAGUGUAGCAAAUUUCUGUGUAGUCAUUUUUUUUCACACCUCUCAUGUAACUAAAUGAGUGAUCCACAGACUGUGAAUAAAAUGUGACAGUUCAUUCAGAA